UCGCCCCCAGAAGCGCCACCACACCGACCCGUCUAAAAAGAAAAAAAAAUCGGGGGCGGCGAAAACCCUCAAACCCUAAUCCCUUCGCUUCCUCAUGGCGGACCCCGACGCUGCGCCGCUGACCCCGCCGCCAGAGGUAGUAGCCCCCGAGGAGCAUCCGGCGGCAGCCGAAUCCGCCGCCGCCGCGGCGCAGGAGGUGGCCGCGGCGGGCGAAGUCGAUCACAAGAGGAAGCUUGAGGAGGUCGGCGCCGAUGCGGAGGCGAACGGCGACGGAGAGGACGCCAAGCGACCCCGCGUGGACGGCGAGACCGACGCCUCCGCAGGGACUGAGCAGCAGAACGAUGGGUCCUCCGUGAAUGUCGAGGAGCCCGCAGCUGCAGGCGACGGCAACGUUGCCCCUACCGAGGGGGUGGCAGAUGGUGAUAAUUGCGCGGUCGCGGCUUCUGAGGUUCUGCCACUCGAGCCCACACCAGAAGCAGCAGCUGGAGCUCCACAGCAAGAAGGUGAAGCAGCAACUGCCUCGCAUGAGACAUCUCGUAAAAUCGAAGUGCCCAAUAGCAAGGUUGGUGUACUGAUUGGUAAAGCUGGCGAAACAAUCAGGAACUUGCAAACGAGCUCGGGUGCAAAGAUCCAAAUCACCAAGGACGUCGAUGCUGAUUCGAAUGCUCUGACCCGGUCGGUCGAACUAGUUGGAAACCUUGCAAGUGUUGAUAAAGCUGAGCAGCUUAUUAAGAGUGUUAUAGCUGAGGCUGAGGCUGGAGGUUCGCCUGCUUUAAUAGCUAGAGGCUUUGGAAGUGGACAGUCAGGAUCCGAGCAGUUUGAGAUGACAGUUCCUGAUAACAAGGUUGGCCUGAUUAUUGGAAAAGGUGGCGAGACAAUUAAAGGCCUGCAAACAAGAUCUGGGGCUCGUAUUCAGUUGAUACCCCAACAUCCUCCAGAGGGUGUUACAUUGACUGAAAGAACUGUACGUGUAACUGGGAAUAAGAAACAGAUUGAAGUCGCAAAGGAUUUGAUCAAGCAGGCUAUGAAUCAGAAUUUCUCAAAGCAUGUGAACCAAUCUGGUGGAUAUGGUCCGCAAGGUUACCGCCCUCAGGGUCAUGGUGCAGCUUCGCAGUGGGGGCCACGUUCUCAAAGUCAGCCUGGUUAUGGGUACCCACCAAGAGGUAUGCCUCCACCUCAGAACUACAACCCACCCUACGGUGGUUACCCACAGCAGGGACCACCAAGAGGCAGCAUGGGCUGGGACCAAAGGCAGGGCCCUCCGCCCCAUCCUUCAUAUCAGGGUGGUGGUUCUGACUACUACAAGCCGGGAUCUCAACCAUAUGAUAGCCAGCCACCAAGCUACCCUCCUGGACCAGGGAACUACAACAGUUAUGGGCAAUCUCAGGCUCCUGGAUAUGGACAACCUCCGUAUCCGCAACAUGCGCCUCCACAGAACUAUGGCCAUGGGUAUGGUGAUCCUAGAUACAAUGCUCCGCCUCCGAACCAGUACUAUGGGCAGCCACCUAUGGCCCCCCAGCAAGGCUAUCCUCAACAGGCAGAUCCUUAUGCUAGGCCUCCAUACAGUGGACCGGGACAAUGGGCUCCCAGAGGUGCUCCGGCUGCAGAUGGCUCCUACCAGGCACCACCGCCUGCAUCUUAUGGGCCACCCUCCCAGCAACCUCCUGCUUAUGGCCAAACAUAUGGCGCAGCAACUGCACCUGAUGGGUAUGCUCAACAGGGCUACCCACAGCAGAGUGGGCAAGCACCAGCUCCAUAUGGCCAGAAUGCACCAGCAGCACCAAGCUAUCCUCAGCAAGGCACCCAGCAAGGUGGCUAUGCACAGUACCCACAAACCCAACCAGCAUAUGGUGAUCAAGCAGCUCAAGCCAAUUCGAACUAUGGCUACCAGGGAGCUCCAGCAGAUCCCAACUAUGGAAGUGCCUACCCACAAUCAGGAUAUGGAGCUCCGGCAGCUGGUCAGCCUGGUUAUGCUUCUGCACCAGCAGCUGGCCAGCCUGCAGCAUAUGGCCAGGCAGGAUACACCCAACCAACUACAAACCCUCCAAGUUAUGAUCAGUCUGCAGCAGCACCAGCUCAGAGCGGAUACGCUGCACCUGCCGCAAAUCCACAGCCUGCUCCAGCAAAGGGGGUGUCACCACAGCCUGCUGCUGGAUAUGCCGGUGGGCAGUGGGCAGCAUGAACCUCUCUCAAACUUCACUGACAGCAAGAUCUUGUUGGGUACCUGUUCCAAUAUUUGGAUCUUUUGGAUGUUUCUGGGGAUGCAAUGGGCAGCGGACUUUUGUUAUCUGAAUGAGAUUGUAACCCUUCAAGUUGUAAUACUUGCAUUGCUGUAGAACCUAGUAGUCUGGUUAAGGUGACACUAAACAUCCUAUUCAGCUUUAA